AUGGAGGCAAAGGAAACAAAUUUAUUGCCUGAUACUUCUCCAAACAGUGCUCCACAACCUUUUAUUCCUUUACUUGCUCCUUCACCUAUGGCAGCACCAUUUUUCCACAAUAGCACUCCAAAAUUAUCAGUUGACAAUUUGUUAAGAACAACUGCUGUUGAUUGUUGGGCCUCCUUCGCUCCUUUCUUAGCCAAUGUUAUUUGUUGUCCGCAGUUCGAGGCUACCCUUGUUAUUCUAAUUGGACAAGCAAGUAAAGAUUCAAGUUUACUUGCGUUGGACUCUGUUCAUGCAAAUUAUUGCCUAUCAGAUAUUCAACAGAUUCUUGGAAGUCAGGGUGUCCCUAGUGACCUUCAUGAUAUUUGUUCAAUCCGCUCUUCUAACCUCUCUGAAGGAUCCUGCCCAAUUAAUGAUACCAUUGGGUUUGAGAGUGUUGUUGACUCUUCUAAACUCCUUGCUGCAUGUUCAAAGGUUGAUGCUGUGAAUGAAUGCUGCAGACAAAUCUGUCAAAGUGCCAUCAAUGAAGCUGCAAAAAACCUUGUCUUGAAGGAUGGCGGAUUGAUGACGAAUAUGGAAAUUAAUGAUACAACAGUGGAGUAUUCAUCUACUGUGAACAGCUGUAAAAACAUUGUCCUUAGGUGGCUAUCUAGUAGACUUGAUUCUUCAUCUGCAAAGCAAGUGUUGAGAGGACUAUCAAACUGUAAUGUUAACGGAGUAUCCGACGGAGGCCCAAAUGUAAUGCUGCACAAUGCUCCACUUGGGGAAGGCAACUUAAAGGUGUCUGUUGAUGUUGUUUUACAGGAGGAAGCAGAGCUUCCAAUUCCACUUAAGUCGGGACCAACAGUAAUGAUAGAUGCUGUUGGAACUGUGGUUGGCUGGCCAAAAGAAUUGGUGAUAUUUCCGACGACAAAGACUGAUGACUGA